AUGAAGUUCCGCAAGCUGCUGCUCGGUGCCGCAGCGCUCUUCCUCCCCUUCGCAGCAGCGGAGGGCGUCGACGUCGAAGAGCGCGAAACCUUUAACUACAGAAGUGACAUUGCGCGGCUGCGUUCGCUCGUGAUCCACUCCCUCUACUCGCACAAGGACGUGUUUCUGCGCGAGUUGCUAUCGAACGCGAAUGACGCCCUCGAGAAACUCCGCCUCGAGUCACUGACUAACCGCGACGUCCUGAGUGCCGGCGAACCGAAUAUCACCAUCUCGGUCGAGACCCAAGAUGGCAAGACUGGGCGCCUGGUUGUGCGUGAUACGGGAAUUGGGAUGAACCGCUCCGAACUGGCUAAGAACCUCGGCACGAUCGCGCGGUCUGGGACUAAUGAGUUCCUCGCCAAUGCUGAGCGAACGGGGCAUGCCGAUACCAACUUUAUCGGCCAGUUCGGCCUCGGGUUCUACUCGUCCUUUCUCGUCUCGCCCACUGUCCGGGUGUCGUCGAUCCCGCCCGUGUCGGAGAAAGACCCCGAGCCCGUGCAGUACACCUUCGUAUCGUCGGCCCAGGGCGAUAAAUUCGAGGUGUUCCGCGACCCGCGCGGGAACUCUCUGGGUCGCGGUACCGAGGUCAUCCUGGACAUUAGCGAGGAGGACAGCGAGUUCCUCUCCCCCACUACCCUCAAGGCCUUAAUCGACAAGCACUCAACCUUCUCGACCACGUUCCCCAUCUACGUCCGCGAGGCGGCCAAGAGCGAUGACGACGAGGAGCUGGACUACUCGUGGACGCAUGUCAACAACCAGCCGCCCAUCUGGAUGCGCGAGCCGAGCGAGGUGCCGAAGGAGGACUAUGUCGAGUUCUACCGCGCCGUCUCCAAGGACGCCAAGGCUGAGCCACUUGGAUGGUCGCACUUCAAGGGCGACACCUCUUCGGGAAUCGCAUACCGCGCCAUCAUGUAUAUCCCGGAGACGCUGCCCAAGGAUUUCUGGACCAACAUGAAGGCGGGCAUCAACAAUGUUCGGCUCUACGUCAAGCGCGUGUUCAUCACCGACGAGCUGGGCAAGGAGUACAUGCCCCGCUGGCUCAGCUUCCUCAAGGUCACCGUUGAUGCUGAUGACCUCCCGCUCAACGUCAACCGCGAGACGCUGCAGAACCACCGCUUCCUGAAGCAACUGCAGCGCAUCCUGAUCCGCAAGGCGAUUGACCUGUUCACGCGUAUCGCCGAGACCGAGCCCGAGCGCUACAGAAACAUGGCCAAGAUGUUUGGCAAUGCGCUCCGCAUCGGCAUGCUCGAGAGCCACAAGGACAAGGUCAAGAUUGCCAAGCUCCUGCGUUUCGAAUCCACCACAACAAACUACACCUCGCUCGAGGAAUACGUCGAGCGCCGGAAGGAGGGCCAGAAGCAGAUCUAUUACCUGUGCGGAACGGGCGAGACGACGUCGGACCUCGCCCGCUCGCCCUUCGUCGAGAAACUCAAGGCGCGCGGGUACGAGGUCCUACUGCUCAACUUGCCGUCCGACGAGCCGAUGAUGGGCGCCCUCGACAUGUUUAUGGGUAUGCGCACCCAGGACGUUGCCAAGAAGGGCCUCAUCUACGGUGACGAGGAGUCUGAUGAGGUGGAACGCCGCGAGCUCGCCGCCUCCGAGAUUGCUUAUCGCCCCCUCCUGGAGUGGUUUAAGAAGGAGUUCGCGCCCCGCGUCGCUGACGUCGUACUCACCAACCGCCUGGUCACUUCGCCAUGCACCAUUGUCGUGGACAAUGCUGGGUGGAGCGCCAACAUGGCCCGUAUCAUGGCCGCGCAGGCCGACGCCGCCGACGAGCCCAUGUACAACGUCCUCAAGAAUCUGCCGCGCGUGCUCGAGAUCAACCCGAAGAGCCCGCUCAUGGAAGGUCUCCUCUCGCGAGUUAUCGAGCUUCCCGAAGCCGAAGACGGCGAAAGCGUCGAGGAGGUCGAGUUGCGCGAACUCGCCCAGGUUCUCUUUGACACUGCGCUCGUUCGCUCGGGAUUCAAUGUCGCCGACCCAGUGUCGUACUUUGAACGUGUUGAGGCGAUGCUCCGCCGCGAGAUUGGCGUGUCCCUUUCCGCCAAGGCCGACGAGACUGUGCGACCCGCCCCACCCACAGCCGCCGCGCCGCUCGAGGAGCGCGAGCCCGAGAAGCCUGAGGAGGACGAGGACGAGAAGCCAGCCGACGCGCCGCUCGAGGAGCCCGAGCCCGAGAAGCCUCAAGAGGACGAGGACGACAUCCAGUCCUACUCUGACGAGGAGUGGGUGAGGUGGGCCGAGUGGGCCGACUUCUCGGACCGGAAGAAGGCGCACGACGAGCUGUAA